GGUAACGGCAUCUCCAUUUCAAGAAAUUUUCUCUCUUCCAUUUCCCGAGGGAUAGGUGGUGUAUCGUGGGGGGGAUGAAGAAUGGCAUCUACAAAUCAAAUCACGACCUGAAAUCCAACUCGGAUUGAAGAAUUGCAUUUCCGACUCAAUGGCGUUCCGGUUAGGAGCUUUUCCACGCGCCACCGUGGCCUCUCACUUUCCCCUACUCAACCGCAAGAACUUUCUAGUUCUCCCUCUGGAACUUCAGGCUGAGAUUCGGCGCGCUAUAGGCACGCGGAGACUGAGAAUUAGGGUUUCGGAUGGAGGAGAAUCGUAUCUCGGGAUGUGGAAGAACGCGGUGGAUCGUCAGAGGAAAGGCAUAGAGUUUCAGAAAGUUGUGGAGAAUACUGUGGGAAAUGUCGAUUAUGAUGGCGGUGAUUCAAUUGCUGAUCAGCUGGAGAAGAAGAGCGAUGAUUUUAGUAAGAUUCUUCAGGUGCCGAGAGAGGAAAGGGAUCGGAUUCAGCGGAUGCAGGUCAUACAUCGAGCUGCUGCUGCCAUUGCAGCUGCUCGUGCACUGGUCGGUGAGACUGGAUUUGUUGCAGAGGCAGAGGCAGAGGCAGAGUCGAGUUCGCGUGAUUCAGAUCUUUCUAUAAAUUUGAAUCUUAGGAAUGACGGUGGACUGCUAGAGCGUGAAGAAGAUCUAUCUGAAUUUCAAAGUGAGAACACCCUGCUACCUGAGUUAGAAACUUCACAAACUGGAACACCUGGUCCAGAUUUCUGGUCUUGGACGCCCCCUCCAGAUAAUGAUAGGAAUGAUACUACUUCCAGUGAAUUGCAACCAGUUGGAGAAUCACAGGCAUAUCCAAUGUUAUCCAAUUUUGUCGAGGAGAAAGAGCCACCGGUCGGCUUUCUCUCUAUUCCAUUUCAGAGCAAACACUCUGAAAGCAAACUCAAACCUCUUCUACCACCCUUUCAAUCAUCCGUGGUUGUCGAAAAAUUAGAAGCAUCAGAAUCUAGUACUGAGACACAUUCCAUGGAAGAAGGUGCAAAUGUUGGGAUGGAGUUUUUGGUACAGGCAGCAGAAGCAUCACAGGCACUUAGUAUAGAUAAGGAAUCAGCGGAAGGAAUAGAAUCGGAUGGUUCGCGUUGGUGGAAGGAGACGGGAGUUGAACAGAGACCAGAUGGAGUGAUUUGCAAGUGGACACUAACCAGAGGAGUUAGCGCAGACCUAGCCACUGAGUGGCAGAACAAGUAUUGGGAAGCUGCUGAUGAGUUUGGCUAUAAGGAACUUGGUUCUGAGAAAUCGGGUCGCGAUGUGUACGGAAAUGUUUGGCGUGAAUCUUGGAGGGAAUCUAUGCGGCAGGAGCAAGGCAUUUUGCACCUAGAAAAAACUGCAGACAAGUGGGGUAAAAAUGAAAGCGGCACUGAAUGGCAAGAGAAAUGGUGGGAAUAUUAUGGUGGCUCUGGUCAGGCUGAAAAAACUGCUCAUAAAUGGUGUAAAAUUGACCCGAACACGUAUGUCGAUCCUGGUCAUGCUCAUAUCUGGUGCGAAAGAUGGGGUGAAAAGUAUGAUGGACAAGGGGGCAGCAUGAAGUACACAGAUAAAUGGGCUGAACGUUGUGAAGGUGAUGGUUGGACAAAGUGGGGCGACAAAUGGGAUGAAAACUUCGAUCCAAAUGGUCAUGGUGUCAAACAGGGAGAAACAUGGUGGGAAGGAAAGCACGGAGAACGUUGGAAUCGAACAUGGGGCGAGGGCCACAAUGGUUCAGGCUGGGUUCAUAAGUAUGGAAAGAGUAGCAGUGGGGAGCAUUGGGACACACAUGCCCAGCAGGAAACCUGGUACGAGAGAUUCCCACACUUCGGCUUUUAUCACUGCUACAACAAUUCAGUCCAGCUCCGGGAAGUUCAGAAACCAUCUGAGAGGUCGUAGUAAGUCUUUUUUUCUUGAUGCCAAGUGGAAAUAAAAGCUUUUAGUAAAGCUCAUUUUGAAGAAAUAAAUUGAAUGCUUAAUUAGGAUGGUUACCUUUUUCCUUGCAUUGUACAUUUAAAUAAACCUAGCAGUGAUAUUAGAUAUCCUCUUGAGACAAUAAACUAGCUUACUUUCUUUGCUGA